ACACUUUCUUUCAACAUGAAGACAUUGUAACCACACACAAAAUUGUUGCAAACAGAGAGAAAAGCGAAUUGCUUCAAUUCAAAUAUAUUCAAAUGUGAAAUAUACUUAAGGCAACAGCUGUUCGCGCAUAUUGUAAACACUAAAAUUCAACUACAAUCAGCUAUCAACAAGUAAUUCAUUGAUUUAUCGCUUGCGCGUGUGUGUCGUGUUUGAGUGUGUGUGAGCGUGUGUGUCGUGUUUGAGUGUGUGUGUGCGUGUGUGUCGUGUUUGAGUGCGUGUGUGUAUGCGCUCAAAGCACUGUUUUCGUUAUCGCUUAACCAAAGCGGGGGGCGGGCAUGAUUUCGUAGCCAGAGCGUCAUCAACAUCAUCAUCAUCAACAUCACACAUUGAGUAAGGGUAAGGUCUUUGACAGUGGGACAACAGUUGCUGACACAGUGGGCAUAAGCGCCUUUGCACUGAUAACGCGAAAGCUGUCCGUCGAUAUGUCUGCGGCCGUGGCAGUGCCAUCUGGUGCUGGUGAGAAGAAUCUGUUGCGUGGCCUGAACAAGCUGCGCUCCCAGGGCAAACUGACAGACGUGACGCUCAUCGUGGACGAGCAUCGCUUCAAGGCCCAUCGGGUUGUGCUGGCGGCGAGUAGCGAUUAUUUUUGCGCCAUGUUCGCGGAUUGUGCCAUGAUCGAGUCACGCAAGGAGGAGAUCACACUAUAUGGCGUUACGGCGCGAGCGAUGAGCCGCAUUAUCAUCUAUAUAUACACAUCGCUGCUGGAGCUGAAUAUCGAUAAUGUCGAGGAGACGCUAGCGGCGGCCACGCAUGUCCAGGUCAAAGAGGUAAUCGAACGCUGCACCGUGUUUCUCGAGCAAAAGAUUAGUAUGGAAAACUGUUUGGCCAUUGCCAGCAUGGCGGAAAUUUAUGGCCAGCUGGCGUUGGCGGAGCGUGCAUAUCGGUAUAUAUGCGCACAUUUCAAGGAGUUUGCCGCCAGCGGUGAUUUCAAGGACGUUAAGCUGGAGCAACUGCACUAUAUUCUGUCCAGCAAUUAUCCGAUCGAUGUCAGCGAACUGGAGCUGGUGAGCCUGCUCUGCACGUAUGGCAACGAUCAGCAGCUCGAGGAUGGUUCAUUGCGCGAACUGUUACGCCUAAUUAAAUGGCAGUAUGUUAGCUGUGAGGAUCUGAAGUCAUUGCGUCAUCUCAACUACUCGCUGGUCGAGGAGUGCCUGGCCAAGCUUCAGAAGAACACCAAGGGUGAUGGCACCAGCUUAGUGGCGCUCGAGCAGGGCGUACAGGACCAAGGACCCACCAAUAUGCGCGGCAUGGAGCUGAGUCUAUUAAAAAUCGGUGGCUUCGAAUGGAAAGGUCUGACCAAUGAGAUUAUGUGCUUCUCUCCCACCAAAAUGAAGUGGUACGAGUUGACCUCCAUACCGCACAUAGAUCAAUGCAAUUUCGGUACGGCCGUUCUCAAUAAUGAGCUGUUCAUUGUGGGAGGUGCUUACGAUGUCUGCCUCAAGGAGUACAUUCAUCCAUUUGGUUUUCGUUAUUGCCCGCUGCGUGACUCCUGGGUGACCAUUGCACGCAUACAGCUAGAUCGCUGCCGCUUCUCACUCAAUGCGGUUGGCAAGAAACAUUUGUAUGCCGUCGGUGGCAUCGUUGAGCAUGACGAUAACUCCGAGGAGGCACUACGUCGCAUCUCCAAUGUGGAGCGCUACGAUCUGGCCAACAAUUCGUGGACCUAUAUGCCAAGCCUGCAGGAGAAUCGCAGCCAGCAUGCCGGCGUCGUUGUCGGCGACAAGCUCUACAUAUCCGGUGGCAUACACCUGGCAAACAUAUUGUCCAGCAUGUGGUGUUUCGAUACAAAGAGCGAACGCUGGCUGGAACUGGCGCCGAUGCCGACUCCAUGCUGUGACCAUGUCCUGGUGUCCAUUGACAAUCACAUCUAUGCAUGCGGUGGCUGGCAUGAGACACUUAGGGAAUCUCGUGUGCUCGUGGAGCACAUCUAUGCGUAUGACAUUAAGACGAAUACGUGGAGUGUGGAAACAAAAAUACCAGCGCCCAAAUUCUAUUCGGGCGUCACCUCAAUGCGACGAACCAUUUUUUUUGUGGGUGGCCUUGAUUCAACCGAAUCGAUUGAUCGUGCCAGUUCGGAGACGAUGGCGUAUGAUCUGGACACGGGCGACUGGUGGCAUCGCAAGGACUCGUGGGAUACGCCCAACGAUGUCUGGGAGUCCACCUGUGCCGCCAUCUAUGUGCCCAGCUUUGAUCCCUAGCAACGAAAAAAGGCCCAAAAAGUUCGGCUUCUCCAACGAAUUUAAGCGAACUCUCUCAUAUCAUUUACAUAGAUAAAAACAAUACAAAAAACAAAGAAAAAAAAUGCAAUGCAAAAAAAAGAUAUAUUUAUAGAAAUGUCCCCCCAUCUAUGCUUGUGAUUAGCCUUAAAGUGCUGUCCCCUGCCCCCAUGUUACUAUUGUACAGUGAAUAAACGUGCCAAGCAAGGCCAACAGCAAACAAUUGUUAAAAGCCGGUCAAACGUUCGAAUAUGUAACACUUAGCAAAAAUACUUAGAAAACGAUUUACAAUAAAAAUUAAACAAAUUUUUUGUUUUAGUAAACUACUAUUAGAUGUCUAUAUCUAUAAAGUAUAAGAUAUGAUCUUGGUAUACCAUGUAUGUAUAAGACAAUUUGAGCUGACUGACUGAACACAGCAGCUACAAAGGUAAACACAACCAGCCACCAUCAAAUUAAACUUCAUACAAGCGUUUUCACACCUAAUUAAUACAGAUGUCCAUGUGUAGAAAACAUAAUACAAAUAAAAAAGAGAUAAAAUAUCAA